CCGGAGAUAAAUUGCAGAGGUAGAGCAGCGCAUAGGGGAGAUACACUUUGGUGGGCAUAGAGAUAGAGGAUACCUCGACGGCGGCGUCAGCCAUGGCCGCCGCCUACGACCGCACGGCCGACCUCCGCGCGCUGGACGCCACCCGCUCCGGCGUGCGCGGCCUCGUCGCCUCCGGCGUCACGCACCUCCCCCGCAUCUUCCGUGUUUCCGACGACGCCCACCAACCACCGCAAGCUCCAUCCCAAGAACCGCGGUCCUCGCCAGCGGCGUCCGUCCCCGUGAUCGACCUCAGCGGCGCCGACCGCGCGGCCGUGCUGGCGGCCGUCCGCCGGGCCGCGGCGGAGUGGGGGUUCUUCCAGGUGACGGGGCACGGGGUGCCGGAGGCGGCGAUGGCCGCGGCGACGGACGCGGUGCGGGGCUUCCACGAGGCCCCCGGCGGCGAGGGCAGCGACAAGGCCAGGCUCUACUCGCGCGAGCCGGCGAGGGCGGUCAAGUACCACUGCAACUUCGACCUGUACCAGUCGCCGGUGGCCAACUGGCGCGACACGCUCUACCUCCGCAUGGCCCCCGACCCGCCCGACGCCGGCGAACUGCCGGACAGCUGCCGCGAAGCGAUGUUUGAAUACGCUGAACAAGUGAAGAAUUUGGGGAAAACUUUGUUCGAGUUACUCUCGGAAGCUCUUGGGCUCAAACCGAGUUACCUGACAGAUAUAGAGUGCAACCAAGGACAGAUCAUACUCUGUCACUACUACCCUCCGUGCCCCCAGCCUGAACUCGCCAUCGGAACAAGCCGGCAUUCAGACUCUGGCUUCCUCACCAUACUUCUCCAAGACGAAAUCGGCGGCCUCCAGAUCCUCCACGAGGACCGGUGGGUGGACGUCACUCCGACACCUGGAGCAUUCAUCGUGAACAUUGGUGAUCUCUUACAGCUGAUCUCCAACGACAGGUUCAGGAGCGUGGAGCAUAGGGUGGUGGCGAAGAACGCCGCGCCGAGGGUCUCGAUCGCGUGCUUCUUCAGCACACAUUUCCAUCCGGCCUCGACGAGGAUGUAUGGUCCGAUCAAGGAGCUGCUGUCCGAUGAGAACCCGCCGUUGUACAGGGAGACCCUCGUCAGAGAUUACAUCAAGCAUUACUACUCCAUCGGGUUAGAUGCGAAAACUGCCAUCUCUGAUUUCAGGCUGUGAAUCGUGAAGGUGAGUUCUGUGCCCUGAUUGCAAUGUAUAGUUGAGCAGUUUGUAAUUCUAAGAAACCCAGAAAGUGGCAGUAAAAUGGCAGCACCACUAGUUUCGUCUCCUGGUCCCUGGUGUAUGGUGUAUUUUACUGGAACAGAUGAAUGUAUUAGAGAUACAGAAUGUACAUGAAAUUCAACUUUGUUCCAUGGUUUGUGAACAUCUUAUGACCCAUAUCAGAUCAUCUGAAAUUUGUUUCCCUUAGAA